AACAGAGCCCAUUGCAGCAGAGGGUAAAGUUCCUCAGUGACAGGGUUUAUAUCUCUGUAUUAGCCGUGUGAAUGCAUCCAGAGACUCGACAGCUGCUCAUGCCACAGAGCAGGAACAUGAGGAGAGACAAUAAAUACUGGGCUUAAAACAACCUGCAUGUGAGGACGGGCUGCCGAUGAUGCUAGCUCUACCAUGGGCAGUGUCACUCUCCGCUACUUCUGUUAUGGCUGCCUCUUCACGUCUCUGACGUGGUCCAUCCUGCUCUUCCUCUACUUCAGCCUGAGUCAGGAGAGCCGCCUGUCCUCCAGCCAUGUGCCCGUCCAGGGGGUGCAGCACCGCUUCCAGCCCCGCUUCACCCGCCGCCCCGCCCCGCCCAACAGAGCACACGGACACGACGGUCGCCGCAAUGACCUCUCGCCUGAGAUGGGAAUGAUCUACAAUGAGAAGGAUCAGGAAGUGAGGGAUACGGGCUACCACAGACACGCCUUCAACGUCCUCAUCAGCAACAGGAUCGGAUACCACCGGGACCUGCCAGACACCAGGAAUGAAAAGUGUAAAGCGAAGACGUAUCCGUUGGCGUUACAGACGGCCAGCGUGGUGAUCUGCUUCUUCAACGAGGCCUUCUCGGCGCUGCUCAGGACGGUGCACAGCGUCCUGGACCGGACGCCCAGUUACCUCCUGCACGAGAUCGUCCUGGUGGACGACAACAGCGAGCUAGAUGACCUGAAGCAGGAUCUGGAUAUGUACAUACACACUAACCUGCCUGACAAAGUGAAGUUGGUGCGCAAUAAGAGGAGAGAAGGACUGAUCAGGGGGAGGAUGAUCGGAGCCUCACAUGCUACAGGUGAGGUCUUGGUGUUCCUGGACAGUCACUGUGAGGUGAACGAGGCGUGGCUGCAGCCGUUGCUGAGCCCGAUUAAAGAGAACCGCCGCACGGUGGUGUGUCCCGUCAUCGACAUCAUCAGCGCGGACACGCUGCUCUACAGCCCCUCUCCCAUCGUCAGAGGGGGCUUUAACUGGGGGCUGCACUUUAAAUGGGACCCUGUUCCUGUAUCGGAGCUCAACAACCCCAGCGGAGCCAUCAGGUCUCCUACGAUGGCCGGGGGUCUGUUCGCAAUGGACCGAGAAUACUUCAACGAGCUCGGACAGUACGACAGCGGCAUGGACAUCUGGGGCGGAGAAAACCUAGAGAUCUCAUUCAGAAUCUGGAUGUGUGGAGGUCAGCUCCUGAUCAUGCCCUGCUCGAGAGUGGGCCACAUUUUCCGUAAGCGGCGUCCGUACGGUUCUCCCGGAGGACAGGACACGAUGGCGCGGAAUUCCCUGCGUCUGGCCCACGUCUGGAUGGAUGAGUACAAGGAGCAGUACUUUGCCCUGCGUCCUGAGCUCAGGAACCGUGACUUCGGGGACAUCAGUGACCGUCUGGCCGUGCGCGAGCGCCUGCAGUGUCGCUCCUUUAAGUGGUAUCUAGAUCACGUUUACCCAGAAAUGCAGCUGUCCUCACCUCAGAACAAAGCCCAGCCCCCUGUCUUCUUUAACCGCGGCGUCAAGAGGCCCAAAGUGCUGCAGCGUGGCCGGCUGCGUAAUCUGCUGGCCAAGAAGUGUUUGGUGGCUCAGGGGCGUCCCAGCCAGAAGGGCGGCACUGUCGUGGUGAGACCCUGCGAUUCUCAGGACCCUGAACAGGAGUGGGUGUAUGAUGAGGAGCACGAGCUGAUCCUGGCCGGCUUGCUGUGUUUGGACAUGUCGGAGAUCCGCUCAUCCGAUCCUCCUCGCCUCAUGAAGUGUCACGGCUCGGGUGGCUCUCAGCAGUGGAGUCUCGGGAAGAAUAAUCGUCUGUACCAGGUGUCCGUGGGUCAGUGUCUGGCCGUCCUCGACCCGCUCAGCCAUAAAGGUUACGUUGCCAUGGCGAUCUGCGACGGCUCUGAGGGCCAGCAGUGGCAGCUAGAGGCAUGAUGAAGAAGGAUGGCUGGGCUCUGAACACACACACACACACACACGCACACACACACACGCACACACACACACACACACACACACACACACACACACACACACACACACACACCGCCCCUGCAACCUGGCAGGAUCAGUAUGACCGACGGAGCGGGUUAGCGUCGUUUCCUUACUAGCAGUGUGGGUCCGAGUGUCUUUCUGACCCGUCGUCAUGGCGAUAAUCACGUCUCCGAGCUCGUAUAGUGAAGCGUUCACUCUUUUAGGUGUUUUUUCAGUAUUCUACAACUUCAAUGGAAGUCCUUUUUUUUUUUUUUAAUUUAUGAUUUAAACCGGCUCGUGAAACUUUAACCCGUUUGCACAGUGAUUUUUUUAUUUUAUUUUAUUUUAUUUUAUUUUAUUUUUAGUUUAUUUGAAUUUUUUUGCAGAGACAAUUCAUAAAUGUAAAUUUUAGAUGUUACGGAAGCGUAUCGCAGUACUGACGUGUCGACUUUUCAGAUCUGUGUACUUUUGAUAUUCAUUUUAAUCGUAUCGAGCGUGGCGUUUCUUUAGAGAGAAGAAGAACGCGUGUAACGACGGCGGCGUUAAACGUCCGAGUUAACCUUCCGUCUGACCUUCUUUUAUCUUACUGCACUACAGAAUUAUUCUUCAGUUCAUGACGCAAGUUGUGCUUGUAUAAAGAAAUACAGCGCAGAAUAGGCUUGUGCGAUAUAAAGUUCUUUUCCCCUGUUCAUGAUUUACAGGACCGCUAGCGGAAAACACAAGAACACAAAAAAAGAGCUUUUCCACAGGUUGAGUGUUAUAAUAAUAAUAAUAAUAAUAAUAAUAAUAAUAAUAAUAAUAAUAAUAAUACUAGCAGCUGUGCAGUCAGGAACUGCAGCAAUCGUGGAAACCCAGCGGUAGUUUUUAGUUGAUUCUGCAGUAAACAGUGUUUUAAAACAAAAAACAAAAAAGAGUACAUAAAAUCCAAAAUGGCCGACAUUUCCUCCUCCAUGUGUUUGGGGAGGGGGGAGGCGAGUAUUUAAUCACUUCCUAAUGUUCGUUACUAUUCGUGUUAUUUGUAAAAUAUUCGAUUUGACACAUUGUUGUAGGAGUACUUUUAGAUCGGAGCCUUUUUCUAGUUAACUGAUGUUUAGAUAUAUGGAUUUUGGAUUUUAUCUCGCGUUCACGAACCCUAAACCGUCUCCGUUUACCGUGAUGGGAAGCGAAAGAAGUUGAGAACGUUCGAGGCCGGAAGUGGGGGCUUCCAGGCGACGUCGGAUAAUUAUUCGUUAUUUUUAAUUGAAUAUACAUAUUAAUAUAAAUAUGUUAACUGGCAUCACCCGGAAGCCCCGCCCACUUCCUCCACCUCGCAACUUCUUUCGCUUAUAUAAAGUUCAAUACACCUUCUCGAAUCAUUCCAGGCUCGCGUGUUAGUCGUCUCGUCUCCUGUUUUUAUUCGAGAGACAAAGACUGCAUUUUUUUUUUUUUUUAAUUAUUAUUAUUAUUUAAUUAUUUUUUUUGAGGUGUUUUUGAUAUAAUAAGCAUAAACGUGUAUAAGAGCAACGAUCAUGCAGGGACGAUUUUACAUCAUUAUAUCGCACAAGCCUACCGCAGAACUUCAUGUAGAAAGGACCGGUCGCAUGAGGUCGAGCUGUGCAUCAGGACUGCGGGGGAAAUCAUGUUGAGCGACAUGCGUUUAGAUGUGGUGGAGUGUUUGUAUGAGGAGUUUAUCAUGUGGUGUAACUGGUAUGAUUUCAUGUUGGGGCGAGGAAAUCUCGCGAGUGGGUACAAACUAAAAUACAUUCAGAAGUGGGAUUUAAAAAAAAUAAAUAAAAAAACAACAGUCCUGUGCACAACUCUAGUAUGAAGGUAUGGUCAUGUGGUCAUAUUAUAUAUAUAUAUUUUUUUUUCCAUUCUGCUGUGAAAGUAGGAGGUUUGAUUUUAAAUAUGAAGUGCUGUUUUCAUAUCCUCUGUUCUCUUUUGUAAAUGAUGGUCCCAAUAAAGACGUCCUAAAUAUU